UUUCCCCAAGCAGGCACCCCGAAGGCCCAGGAGAAGGGCACCAGUGAGCAGGAGCUGAAGGACAUGCUGCGGGAGCUGGUCACCUACGUGGUCUUCCUCAUAGACCUCUGCAUACUGGCCUUCGGCAUGGUGAGCGUAGACAUGUACCACCUGAACACAGUCAUGUCCCAUCUCUUCAUGGAGCCCGCUGAGGGUGAGAAUGGUUUUGGGACCAUUCGGAGCAAAGCUGACUUCUGGAAGUUUGUACAGGGACCGCUGUUGGAUGGACUCUACUGGGACAAAUGGUACAACAACAAGACGUUACCCUUCCAGAACUACAGCCAUAUUUACUAUGAGAACUUACUGUUAGGAGCAGUCCAGGUUCGACAGGUGAAAGUGCGCAACAACACGUGCUCCAUCUACCCCUAUUUCCGUAGCUUUUUAGACAGCUGUUACAGUGAGUACAGUUACCAAGCUGAAGACAGGUCUGACGAUGCUCUAAGGAGCGAAUCUGAAUGGAAAUACACCCCAGCUGAUUCAUUUACCCUGUGGUAUUUGGGAAAUAUGGGCUUGUAUGGCAGUGGAGGGUAUUUGUUCACCUUACCUAAAUCGAAGCAGGAGAGCAUAGAGAAGUUGGCCUCUCUGAAGCAGAACAACUGGCUCACUAGAGGAACCAGAGUUGUAUUUAUCGACUUCUCAACAUACAACGCUAACCUAAACCUCUUCUGUGUGGUCAGGUUGGUGGUAGAGUUCCCUGCCACCGGUGGUGCUUUCACCUCUAUACAUAUCUACUCUGUAAAGCUCCUCAGAUACAUCACACGUUAUGAUUACUUCGUGGCUUCUUGUGAAAUCAUCUUUUGCCUCUUUAUCAUUACAUUCAUAAUCCAGGAAGCUAUAAAAAUAGUGAAACUGAAACGGGAAUAUUUCAGAAGUGGUUGGAGCUGGCUGGAUUUGAUGCUGCUGAUGGUAUCCAUCCUUGCCAUUGUCUUCAAUAUCUACAGCACUGUAGAAGUGUCCCUGCUAAUGGGAGAGCUGCUCUCUGAUGCCAGUGUAUAUCCAGACUUCUAUUUCCUUACAUUCUGGCAAGUCCUUUACAACAAUAUGAUUGCUGUCAACAUUUUCUUUGCUUGGAUAAAGGUACUUAAAUAUGUAAGGUUUAACAAAACAAUGGAGCAGUUGUCCUCCACUUUAUCUCGCUGUGCCAAAGACAUCAUUGGGUUUGCCGUCAUGUUCUUCAUUGUCUUCUUUGCCUAUGCCCAGUUUGGCUAUCUGGUCUUUGGGUCACAAGUUGAAGAUUUUUCCACGUUCCAGAAAUGCAUCUUCACACAGUUCCGUAUUGUGCUGGGAGAUUUUGAUUUUGAAAACACAGAAGCAGUAAACAGAAUCCUUGGACCCAUUUACUUCAUCUCAUUCGUAUUCUUUGUGUUCUUCAUAUUGCUGAACAUGUUUUUGGCCAUUAUAAAUAACACCUAUUUGGAAGUCAAAGCAGACUACGAUGUGAUGCCCAGUCACAAGCUCCCCAUCAGAGACCUCUUUAGACGUAGUUGUGAUAAUGCCCUUAUCAAGCUCAAGCUGAAGAAACCUGAGGAAGACACACAACCAGCAGCAGAGAAGUUGGAAAGGAAUUACCAUCCACUAGAAAGAAGCAUGUUUCUAAGAGCGAAAAGAGCCCUUCGAAGGUAUCAGAGCUACAGGCAAAGAAAGAAAGACAUCAGAUGAUUUAUGUGCCUGCUCAGAACAUGGCCUCGGGCCCAGCUCAGGGCUACGUCACCAUUGCAGAUUUUCAGCAGUAAGUAUGUGGGAUCUCUUCUUGCACUCUUAUCGCCAUCCCCCAGCAGCUGCAGCCUUAGCUGAAACCCUCACCGGCUGACAACCUGGGAGACAGCAGACCAACAUAAAGUCAGUGAUUUUUAAGCUAUUUUAAGUCCUUUUAUACUGGCUGAUAACAGCUGCCCUUAGGGAGGGAAAAAGGAAACAAAAGGAUUUAGCAGAGCAGCUUGUAAAGACAUAAGUCAAGAAUGAGGUGGGACAAGAACAUCUCCUUGUGGCUGCCCAGGAAGGGGGACGGGGACCAUAGGACCUUGUACUUGUGAAGUGGCAUUUCAGGACUUAGAUCCUUGGCAGCUGACCCAAGUGAGCAAAAAGGCUGUAACUGCAAGUUGAAGAGCAGCACCAUCUCAGGGAUAUGUGGCUGUGUUCGUGUGUUCUAGGCUCGUGAGUUACACAGCUGAACUGGGGAAGGAACUCAACACCACCAAUGCAAGACUCAGGAGAAUCAUAAGAAACAUGCAACAGCAGGAUGCUGCAGACAAGCCAACAUGC